ACAGAACCCCGACAGAUUCGUAUUGGGCAAGGAAGAAGAGGUCACCGCCGUAGCAACUUCUAAGGAACGGUGGAGCCUACAUGCCUUGAGAUCACUCGAAUCGCCCACCUGCAAGAACGUGGCUUUGCUCCCUAUUGAAAGUGGCAUCUCUCUAUCAUUAGCUUCUCCAUCUUCCUUAUAAGUUGUGGAAGCCUCUAAUGAUUCCAAACGCAUUCAGAGCUUCAGCAACGUUUAGUGAGUUUUGUAGAGAAGGCAAUUGCCCCUGUUCAAUCAAUUAGGCAUGUUGAGUCCCAAGAGACUUGUCGAGAAGGCCAAGAAGAGGCUCCCCAUGGCCUUGAUUAGAGCCAACAGCAGUUCCAAUUCCUGUCAUGGCACUGCAGUGGUUGCUGAAAAGGGCCAUUUUGUGGUGUACACUGUGGAUGACACGAGGUUCAUGCUGCCUCUGGCAUUGUUGAAGAGCAAGAUUGUCCAAGAGCUGCUCAAGUCGUCAGAAGAAGAGUUUGGACUGCCCGGCGAUGGCCCGAUCAAAUUGGCAUGCACUGGAGUUUUCAUUGAGUUCAUCCUCUCCUUCCUCCAUAGGCAUGUGCCCGGAGAUGUGGAGAAGGCCUUGCUUGCUUCCAUUGAUGCCAACCGAUGCUCAGCUUCUUUGUUGAAUCAUCUUGGAAAAGAUCAGUAUUAUCAUUCAGUAGCAUUGACAUAGAUACCGGAUCUUCUAUUAUUUUUUUCCAAAGCUAAAUAUGUUAAUACACUUAGUUUAAGUAUGUUUUAGUUUGUUCUUUUUUUUUUAUUAUCAAACUUUGGUCAAGCUUACCA